AUUCUCUCUCUUCUGGCUGUCAUUUGUGAAGAAAUUGUGGAGGAUUGUAUCAAGUGUGGCGGACUUUACUUCUUUGAAUUCACAAGCUGCAGUGCCUUUCUUUUGAGCCUCCUGAUCCUGUGUGUGUAUUGCACUAAAAUAUAUGAAACGUUUGGGGAACAUAAAGUACAGAGAGUGAACUUUUGGGCUAUGGCAGCCAUAGGUGGCUUUUUUCUGCUGGCAUCAAUAGUGUUAGCUGUGACCAGUGCUGGGUCUGCUAUUGAAAAAGCUGCAUGUGCAUUUGGAUUUUUUUCAAGUGGUGCCUUUUUAGCUGAAAUUAUUAUAGAGUAUUUUCACAGUCGGAAACAACAAAACGUCAGUGGAUGCCCUGAAAAUCCUGGCACCACUCAGAGUGCCACAGAAAACCAGCCACUGAAUAAACAAAGCUAA